CAAUGUCUGCAAUCCUUCUACCGUUUCGGAUUUCCACACUCAAUGUUCGAGGAAACUGACUCAGCUGUGAAACUAAUCUACAGCUAUGCGAUACCUUAUUUCGUUACAACCAAAGUCCAAUUUCGUUUACACCGGCGACACGACGACUGAUAUCUGCGACUUCGAUACGUCAAAUUAUAGUUCUUUCUCUUUUUCCCAAACCACAAACCUACCUCCGUUUAGUAUAGUAAAAGCGCUGAGGAGAUAUGGACUGUUGCGCGAUUCUGACGUUUUAAUCGAACCAGCUUUCGAACAUAACGAAUCAACGACGUGUUUAACUGCAAUUUACUAAAUACUAGCCAUUUCAGAUUUAGUGUUUUACAGUGAAAUUACAUACGAAUAGUUAUUGAUAUUGUUAUAACGAAAAUACCGAUACAAUUGAAUACGAUAUUGUCGUAGCUAUUGUUUUCACAACAUACAAUUAGCAUUUGCGACUUGUGAAACUACAAGUGAUCUUGUGGACAAUCUAAUUAAAAUUAAAAAAACGGGAACUAAUACGUGUUGUGCGCGUGUGUUCGUUACGGUCCAGUGAUUGUUGAUCCCCCUGAAUCUAGUGUCCUCAGUGUUAAAUUGAAUACACGAAGGAAUUAUCGAAGCGCUGAUGGAUUGCGUGGUAAAGGUAUUCAAGUCGGGGCGUCAUGGUGGCGCGCGUGGUUGUGACUAGCGUGCACAAACACCGGCAAAACGGCGACAACGGAGACAACGCCGAUCCUGGCACCACAGACGGGCGGUGCGGACAGUGCCAGCGGAGGGUCUGGUGGCUCGGGCAUGGAAUGUCUUCCUCUCCGUUCUCAAUCAUUCCACUACCUUGUCUCAGAGCAGGCUAAAUCCCUCGUCGCAUUACAGGAACUCCAGAAUGAGGUCGGGGCCCUGCUCGAGUUCCGCGACCUCGUCAUCGAGACGUUCCCGAAUCUUCGGUCAAAGAUGGCGCCGUCGCGCGGGAACAGCGUUACUCGGCGCGACUGGGAGCCCGGAGUGCGCGUGCGGCGCAAGCUCCCCGCGCCACAAGAGCCGCGAGCUAAACCUCAUCCCUCCGUGCAAGACUCCGGCUUCAGCACAGAGACCUCAUGCAAGGAAGCGCAUUCGUCCGCAUCCGCGUCGGCUUCAGCGUCGAGGUCGCGUCCGUUGGAAGACGAACUGUGGGCGUUACUUGAUGUCAUCCAACGUAAGGGCGGCAGGUUGCGGGAAGAGGCCGAACUGCUGCGUGGGGAACUCGACGAGCGGGCUACAGCCGAAGACGAAUUCACCCACACCGUCUCACACCAGCACUGCGAUUGUGAACAUGUACAGAGGUUGCGCGAGGAACGAGACGCCUUGCUCGAAAGAACAGCGCAGCUUGAAGCGCAGGUGCAUUCGUCGAGCAAGCCGACAUCGGCGCUGGGCCGGCUGGACUCUACGUUUGGUUCGCCGUCACGAGUGCGCGUGCCGACUCCCGAUUCGGAAAAGUUCGCGGCGAUUCUACUCGAGAGCAAUCCCGUCGAACUGCAGAGACAACUCCUCAACUCCACCGUUCAGAAUCAGGUUUUAAGUGAACGGCUGAAACGUGUCGUUGCGCAGCGUUCGUCACUUUUCGAAAGAUUAGAAAGAGCGCGAGAUGUCAACGAAGAUCUAAAAUUUAGAUUGGAGGAAAAGAGCAUAGAGGCGGAGACGGCCCGGGGUCGCGUGCGGCAGCUGGAGGCGGGCGCGCACAGCAGCAUGCGGGAGAUGGAGCCGCUGGCGCUCCCGGGCGAGGCUCCCGGGCGCCGGGCGCGGCCCUCCCGCAUCCCGCUGCACAAGGGCGCCGCCCCCCGCCAGCCGCCGCCCCGCCCCCCCUCCGCACACUCGCAGCGCUCGACCAAGUCCGCGGUGCCCGUGCGCCGGGAGCCCGCGCCCGACGCCAAGAGCGGCUCGAGCGCGGAGUGGGAGGUGGCGUGGGAGUACGUGCGUCGGCUCGCCCGCCUCGAGCCGCGCCUGCCCGCCGCGCGCUCGCUGGCCGCCGAGCUGCUCAGCGCCGACCCCGACUCCAUCGAGCUGUGGAGCGGCCGCCCGCAGCUCUACUUCGAGAGCAUGCGCUAUGCUGACGACGGAGACUUCGAGGUCGACUCUCUCACUUGAUCGGCCCGACUUUUAUUGUACGCUCUCGCUUGAUCGGCCCGACUUUUAUUGUACUCUCUCGCUUGAUCGGCCCGACUUUUACUGUAGACUAUCUGGCUUGAUCGGCCCGACUUUUACUGUAGAGAAUGUCCCUCAAGCUUUUGCGAGUCGCUGGGUUAUCUGUGUGCUUAGUGCGAGUGUUUUUAACGUUCUCGAUAGCGUAAAAGUUUGCUCAUAUUUGUGUGGAAUGGGAUCGUUUGCGUACGUUUGCCGCUAGGGGCGUUGUUCCAAUUGCAUACAAAAUUGGCUUAACUUUUAUCGCUAUCGAGAACGUUAAGAAACUCUCACUAAACGCACUGGAGUUAUUUUGCUCUAUAUUUGCGCUAUAUUUGCUCUGUUCAUGGAUUCUUUUCACAUGCAGCCGCUCUAAAAUGUAAAGAAUUCCCUGAGGUUUUUGCGAGUCGUGAACGUGAUUAAAAAUACUAUUAUGGUUUAAUCUCGCGUUUGUUGAAUUGUGGGUUAACUGGAGUUAUUUUUAUGAAGAGCAAAAUGAACGCAACUAUGUUUAGGGUGCGCUAUAUUCGCUCUGUUCAUGGGUUCUUUUCAUAUGCAGCUGCUCUAAAAGUACGAGCUUGUUUUACAAUUUUUAAAUAAACUUAAUGCAAAUCCGUAACACGUACACAUUGUUGCUUGGCUCGCAUCCAAGAACAUAAUUUACUUUGUGAUAAGAUCAACGCCGAGCGUGCUACGUUUGCACGCUUCAAGAGUCGCGAUCGUUGAAUUUGAAUGAAUUUUUCAAUUCUGAAUUUUAGUUCACAAUAAGCGUGCCGUACAAAAAAUUAAUAGCGAUUUUUUUAAAGUAUGAUGUUGCGAAACUCGUGCGUUACGAUCAUUCUUCUUUUACGGGAAUGAUUAUUUUACAUCCGGCAUAAAAAAUUCGAGGUCAAACUUUUGUAUUUUAAAUCACGUUUUUAAAGCAUACUUUCUAAAUUUUAACACGCGUAACUUAAUUUCUUUCUGUCGAGUUAAACGCUCACUGUUGUCAGAAAUCAAUAUAAUGUCACUCAAGUCAUUUGAUCUAGUAAAACGAGAGAAGCUAUUUAGUCUGGCACUACGAUCAUGAGACAAAGACUCUGAGGCCGAGAUCUAUUAAAGUAUAAAUCCUGGAUAAUAUCAUACAGUUCACCCGCUGGGUACGCGCGCCGAACUGUUUCGAUCAUGUAAGUGUUGUAGCGCUUGUUUUGAUAUUGACAGCUGUUAAACGACUCUGCACAAUUAAUUUCUCUCGUACGACGAGCAAUAUUUAGUUAUACGCUUGCAUGGAUUGUGCUGUGGUAUUUGAUGUCACCAUAUUAUAUUGUUUAUUAUUCAUUAUAUUGUAUGUAUCUUUGUUGAAAAUAUCAAGCACUGAAUAAUAAAUAUUAUAGUGCACUCACUCUCUUUGUUGAACGAGUAAGAAAACGUAUGUUCUUAUAUACUUGCACGAAUGGGUUUUAUUAAUGAAAUUGGGAUAAUGUUUAAAUUUGGUUUUUAAUAAAGAUCAAUUUAAUGAGAAAUUAAUUUCUUUUGCAUAAAACGGUUUAGUUACACACGAAACGGUUCGAAAUAUAAUUAGUUUUAUUAUGAUAAUCAACAUCAUCGUCGUCGUUAUUGGGGCGGAACGCGGAUAGUAUAAAAAUGUUAAUGUUUAAGAUUUGUGAAAAUUACGGUAGCUAUUUAUCCUAAAUAUAUUAAUGUCAUUCCUAAGCCUGUGCAAGCAGACUGUAACUGAACGCUUGGGACGACUGUAGAAAGGCUGUGAAACACUAAAGCGUGCAUGAGAUUGUUUCUUGUCUGUGUGUACUGUGAGUAUAGCCGACUUUAGCAGUUAACUUACUUAUAAAGACAGCACUCGUGUUUAUUGUAGAUAUUGUAAUAAUUAACAUUGAAAAUAUUCCAAACGUCCAACUCUGAACGUCCUGUUGUGGCAACACACGACUGCCUUUUGAUUUGUAAAUUGAUUUCAAUAACUUGUUAGUAUUAUUACAGUUUUCACGCGGCGAAGCUCGGUAACAAAUAGUAGGAGACUGAUUUUGUAUAAAUACAUAUUAUAUCGUUAUAGAGAUACUCCAUAGCUUUUAAAAUAUUUUUUGUUUAAAUCAAUCCUGUAUAAAGGUAUCUACUACAUAAGUAUAUUUAGAUAACUGAUAAUAUUCCAAUUCUAUAAAUGUAAAAUGACUGUAUUUUAUCUAAAUCUAAGUAUGCUAAUUAUUAUUUAAAAUUAAGUCAACUAUUGUACAGCUUUCGUUUACGCUAUUAUUAUUUGUAAUUAAGUAAAUAUCUAUUUUUAAGAUACCUACUCAUAAAUUAUCUAGUUGACUUGAAUCUAGUUGAUGACUCCUGUAAAGUUGUAUAGAAAUCAUAUCAUUAUUAUAAAAAAAAUAUUAAAAUAAAUC